AUGUCACCUUUGUCUUCUAUCUGGGACAUCAUCUCUCUGAGCUCGAUAUGGAAUUAUCUACAAGCAACUUUUCUGAGAGAGACUAGUGUGCCUCAGCAAACAAGUUUGGGGCUACUAGAUAAUCUUGCUCCGGCUGUGCAAGUUAUCCUGGAGAUUUCCUUUUUGAUUUUGUUGGGAAUAGGAGUAUAUGCCUUAUGGAAACGAAGUGUUCAGUCAAUUCAGAAAAUAUUGUUGUUUGCAAUCACACUCUACACACUUUACAAGAAAGGCUCAGAUUUUUUUCAGGCUUUGCUGGUCAACCCAGAAGGGAAUGGUCUCCCAUUUCAAGACAAUAAUAUCUUCCUGUCUUUGGGUCUGCAAGAGAAAAUUCUGGAAAAACUUCAGACAGUGGAAAACAAAAUGAAGGACCUGGAAAGGAUGAUCAUUUCCCAAAAACCUGCCACAAAGAGGGAUUGCUCCUCUGAGCGCAGCUGCAGCUGCUCUGACUGCCAGAGUCCCUUGCUUACAUCAGGGUUUACAUCCACAUCUGAAAUGUGAUGGACUCCAAUCUU